GCUACCUAGCAAUCAGAUCACCAUCAGAUAACUGAUCCGGAAUGUUGAGCUGUUUAACUUGAGGCUCAACCUGCUAAACCAGAGGAAGGAAACAAACAAAUAGGAGAACAUUAAGAUUAAUUUGAUUAGAAACACAAUACUUCACUGGCUUCUGACCUAGUUCCUUCAGAAUUUACAACCUUCUUAGUUUCAGUAUUCGGCUAGACAAGACAACACACAAGACCCAAAAAAGGAGCAGCAGAUUGGCAAGAAAAUCAAGGUCGGUCAUGUAUCUGAACUGAGCCAAUAAGAAAAGAAUUGGGCUUAUCUGAUAAAACGAAAGAGUCCACUAUAAUAACACCUUUAUUUAGUAAACCUAUUCGUUCAUCGUUUAUUCCACUCGAUAAACCCUCAAAAUAGAAGCAAAGCACAAAAAUAAGUGUCUUCUGGGUGUGAUUGUGAUGGAGGGAGGAGAGAGUUUGCUAGAAGCUAUUUACGAAGAUACUGAUAUGUUUGAUGUGGAAGAAGAAGAAGAAGAAGGCGAGAUAGUAGAAGAACACAAUUCACGUAUUGAUUCGGCGAAGAGCUGUAACGGCGAAGAAUUGCCUGUCUGUUUCGAAAAUCGAUCAUCUCCGGUCAAAAAGAAGAAGAAGAAUAAGAAAAAGAGGAAGAGGAGAGGCGGUCCGGGUCGAGAUGUUACUGAUAUCAACAGGUUUGUGUUAGAUAUAUGUAGACGUCUCAAAGAGAAGAAAUCUUACAUGGUUUAUACUGCUGUUGGUUGUUUGGGCAUUUCUAGGCUCACUGAUUUGGUCAAAGAGGUGGAUGUCAUACAGUCUUGCGGAGGGCAGAUAACUGUGGAUGGUGGACGUUACAGAACAGGAGGUGGGAUUUUAUGGAACAUCUUGAAAACAAAAGAACCAAUGGCCUACCAAGAGAUAAUGAAAAAGGCCAAGGAUUUUGAGAAGCAAUUUAAACGACAAAAUAUCAAUCAAGCACCACAGCAAAAAAAGGAGGUUCUGUUUCAAGGAACUGCUUCUUUAUCAUCCGAAGGGUCCCCACCAUCCAGCAUUCCAAAUGACUCUGGUCUUGUACCUCAAAAUCAGGAUGAACAGCCAAAUAUUGAGAGGAAGCACACAUCUGUUCAUGACAGGAUCAGGAUACCUGUUUCAUAUGAUGAUAUACUCGGUGAUGAUGAUCCCAAAUGAUGAUGUUUUUUAAACAUUGAUAUUGACUUGGUUUCACUAUGGAAUGAACUGGUUGAUGAUAUAUUGUUUUGAUUUUUUGCUCUGAAUAGCUAUACACCGAUAUCUCUUAAGGGAUGCAGAGAAUUUCCUUUCAGGAUUUUUUUUAAAUGAAAUUUUACUAUCA